AUGAAGCAGAGGUUUUCGUCUCUCGAUGUCAAGGUCAUUGCGCACGAGCUCCAAGGGAGCUUGGUGACUCUGCGGCUCUCGAAUGUCUACGACCUCUCCUCCAAGAUUCUGCUCCUGAAAUUCGCCAAACCUGAUAACAAGCAACAACUUCUCAUUGACAAUGGAUUCCGCUGCCACUUGACCGACUUUGCCCGAACAACUGCGGCGGCACCGUCUGCUUUUGUAGCCCGGCUACGCAAAUAUCUCAAGACCAGGCGAUUGACGUCCGUUGCGCAAGUAGGGACCGACAGAAUCCUCGAGUUUCAGUUUAGCGAUGGCCAAUAUCGCAUGUUUCUCGAAUUCUUUGCUAGUGGAAACAUCAUUCUCACCGAUGCCGACUUGAAGAUAUUGGCCAUUUCUCGCAAUGUUAGUGAGGGAGAGGGGCAGGAGCCACAAGGGGUUGGCCUACAGUAUUCUCUGGAGAAUAGACAGAACUUUGGCGGGAUUCCACCUUUGACAAAAGAACGAAUAAGGGAUGCCCUUAAGACUGCCGCCGAAAAGGCCGAAGCAAACACAGUAGCCGCUACUUUCUCCGGUAAGAAAGCAAAAGGCAAAUCUGGUGGCGAUCUACGAAAAGCGUUGGCGGUUUCUAUAACAGAACUGCCUCCUGCCCUGGUUGAGAACAUCCUUCAGGCAAAUAACUUUGAUGUCUCUGCUAAGCCGGCUGAUGUGGUUGAUAAUGAAUCGCUACUGGAUGAAUUGGUCAAACAUUUGUCUGAGGCUCGUGAUAUUGUCGAAAACAUCAUCGCACCUACAACUUGCAAGGGCUACAUUUUUGCAAAGAAGAAAGCGACCCUCUCAAGCGGAGCAGAAGAGACCGACGAAACCACUAAACACGAGGGAUUGCUCUAUGAAGAUUUUCAUCCAUUUAUCCCGCAAAAGUUCAAGAGUGACCCGUCUAUUCAGGUAUUAGAAUUUGAAGGGUAUAAUCGAACGGUCGAUGAGUUCUUUUCAUCUCUAGAGGGCCAGAAGCUAGAAUCUCGUCUUGUUGGGAGAGAAGAAGCUGCCAGGAAGAAGCUUGAAGCAGCCAGGCACGAACAGUCCAAGCGAAUCGAAGGUUUGCAGGAUGCACAGGCAAUGAACCUCCGCAAAGCAGCUGCGAUUGAAGCCAAUGUGGAGCGAGUACAGGAAGCCAUGGAUGCGGUAAAUGGCCUUCUCGCGCAAGGUAUGGACUGGGUUGAUAUUGGAAAGCUCAUUGAGCGAGAGAAGAAACGGCAGAAUCCAGUUGCCGAGACCAUCAGCCUUCCCCUGAAACUAGCAGAAAACACCAUUACGCUGCUCCUCGCAGAAGAAGAGUUUGAGGAAGACGAAGCAGAAGAAGACAAUCCUUUCGAAACCGACGACAGUGACUCUGAAGCAGAGGCGAAUGAAGCUGCCCGAGUUAAAGAUAAGAAAAACGACAAGCUUCUCACCGUCGACAUCGUUCUCAAUAUUAGCCCCUGGAGCAACGCGAGAGAGUACUACGAAGAGCGAAGGUUUGCCGCCAUGAAGGAGGAAAAAACUCAACUUCAAGCGAACAAAGCCCUGAAGAGCACCGAGCAAAAGAUCUCAGAAGAUUUGAAGAAGGGCCUCAAGCAGGAGAAGGCCCUGUUACAGCCUAUUCGCAAGCAGAUGUGGUUUGAGAAAUUUAUUUGGUUCAUCUCCUCGGAUGGGUACUUGGUCCUUGGAGGAAAAGACCCUCAGCAGACUGAAAUCCUUUACAGAAGGUAUUUGCGCAAGGGGGACAUUUACUGUCACGCUGAUAUCCGUGGCGCUGCGCAUAUUAUUAUUAAGAAUAGCCCAAAUACGCCAGAUGCCCCUAUUCCUCCGGCAACUCUGUCACAGGCAGGUUCACUGUCAGUAUGCACCUCGGAAGCCUGGGAUUCCAAGGCGGGCAUGGGCGGAUGGUGGGUGAAUGCAGACCAAGUAUCUAAAUCGACACCGACAGGAGAUAUUCUACCUGCUGGAAGCUUUACAAUUCAAGGAAAGAAGAAUUAUCUCCCGCCGACGCAACUUUUACUUGGUUUAGGUUUUACGUUCAAGAUUAGCGAACAAAGCAAAAGCGAAGAUGAGGUGCAAGCCGCCGAAGAAGGUGAUGAUUCAGAAGAUUCAGGAGCCGAAUCAGAAGAAAAUCAGCCUGGUGACGACAAACGAGCCAAUCCCCUGCAAGGCUCUGGCGAUGAGGAUGAGGUCACAGACGACACAGCAGACAAGUUGUCAGCUGUGAAGAUCAGUGACGAGCCUGAGAACGAUGAAGCUGAGCCAUUGACCGCGGAUGCAUCCAAAGAGGAGCUAGGAGAGGGAGAAAAAGAGGCCACUGAAAUCUCCGAGGCCCCUACCAAAGCUUCCGAUGCUUCAUAUACUACGGGAGUCUCGGCGGCCACGAAGAAAAGAGGCCAGAAACGUGGACAAAAGGGAAAAGCAAAAAAGAUUGCUCAGAAAUACAAGGACCAGGACGAAGAGGACCGCGCCACAGCAGAAGCACUGAUAGGAGCGACGAUAGGACGACAACGGGCCGAAGCAGAAGCCGCCGCGAAAGCCCAGCGUCAAGCCGAGCUGGAAGCCCAAAAGGAGCGCCGGCGGGCCCAGCACGAGCGGAAACAGAAGGAAGUUGCGGAGCAAGAGGAGAUCCGCCGUGCCAUGAUGACCGAGGGCCUGGACGCUGGGGAGCCCGACGAGGCGGAGAAGGCGACGAACCUGGACACGUUGGUUGGCACGCCGCUGGCUGGGGACGAGAUUCUGGAAGUCCUUCCUGUUUGCGCACCGUGGAGCGCCCUGGUUCGAUACAAGUAUAAAGUUAAGAUGCAGCCGGGCUCCGUGAAGAAGGGCAAAGCCAUCAAGGAAGUGUUGGAGCGGCUGAAGACAGACUCUGCCAGGAAAGGAGUGAUAGACGAGGCGGCGAGGGAUUCGGAGAAGAUGUGGCCCAGGGAGGUUGAGCUCAUCAAGGGACUCAAGCCGGAGGAAAUUGCCAACAGUGUGCCGGUCGGCAAGCUGAGAGUCAUGAUGGCCGGAGCCAGUGGAGGAAGUGGUUCUGGCGGCGGCGGCGGCGGGAAGGGUAAAGGUGGUGGGAAGAGUCAAGGAAAGGGAGGUAAAGGGGGAAAAGGAUCAAAGAAGUAG